UACACAAGCCUUGAAAAGAAUAUGAAAAUAGGUACCAUUUCACGCUGGUAUAUAAAGCUCUUAAUAUUAAACAAAAACCAAAAAAAGCGUGUUGUCAAUUUGAUCCGGAAUGGUGUAAUGUAAACGAAAAUAUGAAAAAAGCUGAUGGAUUAUUGGAAAUGUACACGACCAAUGAUAUCGACAUUCUGAUAUUGCCAGAGAUGGCUUUCACAGGAUAUGUGUUUAAAAGCACAGAAGAAAUUUUGCCUUACUUGGAGGACUCUGAAACAGGUCCAUCAGUGCAAUGGGCAAAGAAGCAAGUUGUUGGAUAUCCACAGAAAACAGAUCAAGCCAACUAUAAUAGUAUAUGCUGUGUGAAUGCCCAAGGUUCAGUUAUUUAUACGUACCAAAAGGCAUUCCUAUACGAAACAGACGAGAACUGGGCAGAAGAAGGCCCUGGCUUUGUAUCUCUGAAUGUAAAUGGAUUAGGAAAGGUCGGGUUUGGUAUUUGCAUGGAUUUGAAUCCCUAUAAAUUUAAAGCGGAUUUUCAGGAUUAUGAAUUUGCAAAUUAUCAUUUGCAACACGAUACAGAAAUUAUAAUAUGUAGUAUGGCUUGGUUACGAAGUAAAGAUAGUAUGUCUACAAUCAAAUACUGGGCAACGAGGUUAUUGCCACUUUAUCAAGAAGCCGAUGAUGGUAAACGAACAAUAUUUGCUGCCUGUAAUAGAACUGGUUUAGAAAGAGGAUCUGAAUUUGCUGGGGCGAGUUGUGUACUGGAAAUAACGAAUGAAAAUAUUACCAUUCUAGAUCAUAUGAACCUUGAUACUGGCGUUAUAAUCGUACAAGCAUAAUAAUAAAAAAUGGUU